AUGCUUCCCGCCAUCGUCGGUUAUAGAUUUUGAACGUUUCUUUUUCAUUGAUGAAAACCUGAACCUAACCUAAGUGUUUUGUUUUCAAUAAUACUACGCUAGUUUAGUUUAGGUGUUGUGAAUCAUAAUAAUCAUGGAAAACUACUUGAAGAAGAAUUUCGAAGUGGAAGCCAAGAACCCCUCAGAGGAAGCUUUGAGGAGAUGGAGGAAUGCCGUUCGUGUUGUCAAGAAUCCUCGUCGCCGCUUUCGCAUGGUGGCUGAUCUUGCAAAGCGUGCUGAAGCUGAAACUAAGCGUAAAAAGAUCCAGGAAAAGUUAAGGGUAGCUCUUUUUGUGCAAAAAGCUGCAUUGCACUUCAUUGAUGCUGGUACUCGAGUUGAGUACAAGCUCUCCCAACAUGUCCUGGAAGCCGGCUACGGCAUUGAGCCUGAUGAACUAGAAUCCAUUGCUCGAUCUGACAAGAAGGCCUUGGAAGAGCAUGGAGGAGUUGAAGGAUUAGCAAGAGAAGUCUCUGUAUCUUUGAAGGAUGGCAUUGCCUCAAGUGAAAUAGCUAAUAGACAAAACAUAUAUGGGAUCAACAAAUAUGCUGAGAAACAUUCUAAAGGGUUUUUUAUGUUCUUCUGGGAUGCCUUCCAUGACUUGACUCUUGUUAUUCUCAUGAUAUGUGCUGCAGUCUCCAUGGGUGUUGGUAUCGCCACCGAAGGCUGGCCUGAUGGAUUGUAUGAUGGAUUAGGUAUAAUUCUGAGUAUUUUCCUAGUUGUAAUGGUUACUGCUUUUAGUGACUACAAACAAUCCUUGCAAUUCAAGGCGUUGGAUAAAGAGAAAAAAAAUAUAAUUGUUCAGGUGACUAGAGAUGGAUUCAGACAGAAAAUUUCAAUCUAUGAUUUGGUUGUUGGAGAUGUAGUUCACUUAUCAAUUGGUGACCAGGUUCCAGCAGAUGGUGUACUUAUAUCAGGUUAUAACCUAACAAUUGAUGAAUCAAGCUUGUCUGGCGAGCCUGAACCGGUUCAUGUAAACCAACAGAGGCCUUUUCUAUUAUCAGGGACUAAAGUUCAGGAUGGUUCAGGUAAGAUGUUGGUGACUGCUGUGGGAAUGAGAACUGAAUGGGGAAGAUUGAUGGUUACACUGAGUGAAGGGGGUGAAGAUGAGACACCAUUACAAGUGAAGCUUAAUGGGGUCGCUACCAUUAUUGGGAAGAUUGGUUUGGCUUUUGCUGUGAUGACAUUUUUGGUUUUGACUGCAAGAUUUUUAGUAGAGAAGGCAUUUCAUGAUGACAUAAAACACUGGUCUUCGGAUGAUGCAUUGAAACUUCUAAAUUACUUUGCCAUUGCAGUGACCAUAAUUGUAGUUGCAGUUCCUGAAGGACUACCAUUGGCAGUAACAUUAAGUCUUGCCUUUGCAAUGAAGAAAUUGAUGAAUGAUAAAGCACUAGUGAGACACCUCUCAGCGUGCGAAACAAUGGGGUCUUCCAGUUGCAUUUGCACUGAUAAAACAGGUACAUUGACUACAAAUCACAUGGUGGUGAACAGAAUAUGGAUAUGCAAUGAAACUAAAAUAAUAAAGAGAGAUGAAAAUGAAAAAUCUCUCAAGUCCUCAAUCUCAGAAGUAGUAUAUAACAUCCUUUUGCAGUCCAUAUUUCAGAACACUGGCUCGGAAGUAGUUAAAGGAAAAGAUGGAAAGCCAAACAUUUUAGGCUCUCCAACUGAGAGGGCGAUAUUAGAAUAUGGAUUGCUUUUAGGGGGUGAUUACAAAAUCCAUAGGCAAGAAUCAGCAAUAGUGAAAGUUGAACCUUUCAAUUCAGUCAAGAAAAAGAUGUCUGUUCUAGUCUCUCUUCCUGACAAUGGGGGGUUUCGCGCAUUUUGCAAGGGUGCAUCUGAAAUAGUUUUAAAAAUGUGUGACAAGAUUGUUAAUGCAGAUGGGGAAGUUGUGCCUCUCUCAGAAGAUCAAAGAAAAAACAUGACUAAUGUUAUCAAUAGUUUUGCCUCUCAAGCUCUGAGAACUCUAUGCUUGGCAUACAAGGAUAUAAAAGACAAGUCCAAUGUAGAUGGCAUUCCCGAUAAUGAAUACGCACUAAUAGCUGUUGUUGGAAUAAAGGACCCGGUUCGCCCUGGGGUGAAGGAAGCUGUUAAAUCUUGUUUAGCUGCUGGGAUUACUGUGAGAAUGGUCACUGGUGAUAACAUUUUUACUGCCAAAGCCAUAGCUGAAGAAUGUGGCAUCUUGACACAUGAUGGUUUGGCUAUUGAAGGACCUGAUUUUCGUGCAAAGAGUCCACAGCAGAUGCAGGAGAUAAUCCCAAAACUACAGGUUAUGGCUCGAUCAUCGCCUACAGACAAACACACAUUAGUUACUCAGUUGAGGAGUGUGUUCCAUGAAGUUGUGGCAGUGACUGGUGAUGGAACCAAUGAUGCUCCUGCUUUACAUGAGGCUGACAUUGGACUUGCUAUGGGCAUAGCAGGCACAGAGGUUGCAAAAGAAAAUGCUGAUGUAAUCAUCAUGGAUGACAACUUCAACACUAUAGUCAAUGUUGCUAGAUGGGGUCGUUCAGUUUAUAUCAACAUUCAGAAGUUUGUUCAGUUCCAGUUAACAGUUAAUGUUGUUGCUCUCACUAUCAAUUUCGUCUCUGCAUGUAUCACUGGCUCUGCCCCUCUUACUGCUGUUCAAUUGCUGUGGGUGAACAUGAUCAUGGACACUCUUGGUGCAUUGGCUCUUGCUACAGAACCUCCAAAUGAUGCUCUCAUGAAAAGACCCCCAGUUGGGAGAAGUGAAAAUUUCAUCACCUUGACCAUGUGGAGGAAUAUCAUUGGCCAGAGCAUUUAUCAGAUUCUAGUCCUUGGAGUUCUAACUUUCUAUGGAAAACAUAUCUUGGGACUCUCAGGUUCAGAAGCUACUUUAACUCUCAACACAUUCAUAUUCAACACCUUUGUGUUUUGCCAGGUAUUCAACGAAAUAAACAGCCGAGACAUGGAGAAGAUAAACAUUUUCAGGGGGAUUUUUGAUAGCUGGGUGUUCGUACUCGUGAUGGUGGUUACAGUAGGUUUCCAGAUCAUAAUAGUUGAAUUACUGGGCACAUUUGCAGAAACAACACCUCUAAACUGGAAGUUAUGGUUGGCCAGUGUUGUUAUUGGAGCUGUAAGUUUGCUUGUUGCUGUUGUUCUUAAGUGGAUUCCGGUCGAAACAAUUGAGCAAUCAGUGAAAGACAAGCACCACGAUGGUUAUGAACCACUCCCCAGAGGCCCAGAGCUUGCAUGAGGAAACUGGGUUGAUUUAUGGAGGACCUGAAGUACAUGUUCCAGGGCAGCAAUUUCAACCUGGUUACAAAUUUUGACACCUUGAUUCUCGAG